UGGCAAAGCUUCUUCCUGUAUGAAAGAGCUCAUACGUGUUUGCUCAAGGAUCGCCUGUAACCUCCUAAGGGAAUUUCUUUUCAUGAAUGUGGCAUUAAACUCUGCUGACUGUCGUCCUGUUAAGUCAGUUUUCCCCUCUCACAUUCCAGAAUUCUUUUUUUUUUUUUUUUCCUUCUUUUUCUUUGAAUCAUCGAAUCACGAGAGGAAGCAUAUUUUCUUUUCUACUUUGACUUCUGUAACGCAUUCCAAAAGGACAGCUCGUCGACUGUUCGUGCCGCUUUGACUUGGAGUUUUUUGCCACCUUUUUCCUGUCAGGAUUUAACACAUUGGAUUUUUGCACAAAUGUGUAACGCAACGCACAAGGCUUCACUCUGUGGUAUAAAAUUGCAUCCAAUGUGGCAGGAGCCGCUUGCCAUCCCUGGGGGAGAUCGACAGUCACCUAUUGACAUUGAAGUGCGUAAAAGCAUCUUUAAUCCGCAGCUCAGACCUCUGAAGGUACAAUAUGACCCAAGGACCUGCCAGCAAAUUUGGAACAACGGUUACUCGUUUCUGGUGGAGUACGACGACACUACUGACAAAUCAACUGUGAAAGGAGGACCACUGGAGAAUCAGUACAGACUCUGCCAGUUUCAUUUUCAUUGGGGAGAAAACAACAACUGGGGAUCUGAGCACUCUAUAGACCGCCGGCUUUACGCUGCUGAGCUCCAUAUUGUUCACUGGAACUCCGACAAGUACAGUUUGUUUGAGGAGGCUGUUAUGGAGGAAAACGGACUGGCUGUUAUUGGAGUGUUUUUAAAGGUUGGAAAGAGACAUGAGGGUUUGCAGAAACUAGUGGACGCCUUGCCUGCAGUCAGACACAAGGAUAGUGUGGUGGAGUUCAACAAGUUUGACCCAUCGUGCCUCCUCCCGGAGAACAUCAGUGACUAUUGGACGUACCCUGGUUCCCUGACCACACCUCCUCUUACUGAGGCUGUGACAUGGAUUGUGAUGAAGCAGCACAUUGAAGUCAGUCACGAUCAGUUGGCAGUGUUUCGGAGUUUGCUGUUCACAUCGGCAGAGGAGCAAGUGCAGAGAAGUAUGGUCAACAACUUCCGCGUUCAGCAAGACCUAAAGGGACGGGCUGUCCAUUCUUCUUUUUCACCUUUUCUCAAAGAAACCCCCUCUAAGGAAUAAGCGCAAAUCUUAGUGACCUUCAAACAAAGCACAGACUAAUCAGUCACUAUUAACUAUGGGAUGUGUAUCCACAAGGUGAAGGUCUUAACUGGACUUUUAAACCAUUUCUAACCAGAUGUUUGGGUGUAAAUUGGAGAUAUUCUGUUGAAAGGGAUAUAGUUCAAUUAUUGUAAGGGCCAGUUUGUUCCUCUUUGUCAAAAGCUUUAUGCAUUCAACAUUUCACUUUAUUAUAACAAGUCUCGAAAUAAUAAUAAUACUAGAAUUUAAGAUAAUCUAAUUUCAGAUAUGCAGAUUUCCUCAAUAUUGUAGCAGGACAGUUGGCGCCCUCUGGUGGAUCACUGACAGAAUACACAUCAUUAUGCCUCAUGUUGGAGCCGUUCAAAGUUUUAUUGUGUGUAUUCUGUCCUUUUUAUUAUGUGUGUAGUCUGUGGUACAUCUUUCCUUGUUUGUUUCGAGGGGAUUACUUUUAUGCAUGAAGCUGCACAAUGCCUUUAACUUCGGAUUGUUUUUUAGAUUUUCAAUAGACCUAAAACACACAAAUAGAAAAUAUCUGAAAUAUUUUAAGGCUACGUUUAAAUAUCGCUGUAUAAUAUAGUUUUUUAUGAAAAGUGCACUAGACACGUAGAGAUGUUAGGAGAAGAUUAAUGCGCACAGUUGUUUAGUGAAGAUUAAUUGCUGUGUUUAUGUACUUCAUAGGGUAUUCUCAUCCGUAGUGCCUUUUGCAUUGGAUACGAUCACUGAUUAUUAGUCAGUAAUCUGAUCAACUGCAUCAACCAUGUGGUCGGCCAUAUUUAGCUAUUGUGCAAAACAUGUGCCUCCAUCACAAAUCACUUAUUGUCUUUGCUGAUAGAGUUUUUUGUAUGUUAAUCUGUGGAUCUUUAAAGUGUAUUCAGUGAUGGGGAUUUGUUAGUAGUCUCUAGAUGAGAAUGUGUUAUAAUAUAGAUGUAUAUGGUAGAACUUGAUUGAUGUUUUUGUCGCCGUUUUAUGAAAAAAGCUUUUAGAAACGGGACCUUCAUUUUUCAAGUGUCUUCAAUUUCUCCAAUAGAGGCGCAUGUGAGACCAUGCGGACACAUUUUGUUAAUGAGAUCUACAGUAAGACCAACUGAUUGUUGUAUUUUAACUUUGGUGCAUUCCAUUUUACGUAACCAAUACAUGCAGUAGACGUCUGUAAGAAUGAAUCCAUCAAUAAGACCAGUACUUAUAAAUCCAGGGGUGCGUUUCCCAAACGGCGUAUCUCGCAGCUGAAUUAUCGUGCAUUGUUUGGGAAAAGAACGUUGUGGUGAGGAGCGUUUCCCAAAACCGUAGUUUCUCUGUCACAGAUCCAUCGUUUGAACCACGCUAUAUCGUAAAACGUUAAUAAUGGCGCUCUAAAUGGGGUGGAGUAACUACUUCUUUAGAGUAAAACCCUAUAAUGUUUUGUACAAAUUAUAUUAUUUUACACACACGCGCAUUUUAUUAAAAUAAUCCAAUUUAAGUUUAGGUAAAAACAUGCACUCGUUUUUUAUCUCAAUUGAAAUAGGGCCUGUGUUUCCUUUACAAAAAUUAUUGAGAAUGUUCUGUAUUUUAUUCUAAAACAUAAAACCACUUAGCUAACACGUAUUUAAUCUCAUAUAAAUCAAAUAAAUCGUUAUUGGUUGUAAUUUAAAGUAGGCUACUUAUUAAGAAAUUAAAAUCCUACUUAGAAUAAUAAUUAUUAUGAUUUUAUUCUUAAUAUUAAGUAGGAUCUUGUUUAUUUUUUAUUUUAUUUAUUAAAGUCUACUUUUACAAUUUGACACAUUCAAACCACUGCAGAAAUGUUCUAACCAACAAGCUCAUGUCAAAUACAGUACAGAUACAUUUCUUAAUAAAUAACCUAAUAUAAAUUUAAAAGCAUUAACGUAUGCUGUUUUUGUUUUCACAAGCUUUGGAGACGUAACAUAAAUUCUGCUUUUAAAUAAUAGGUCACCUAUAGCUUUUGUCAUGAGCCUCAACGGCGUUCAAUUGACAUACUUGUUUUCAAAGUGCACUAAGAAGGAAGUGCAAUUGUCAAUCUAAAGAUUGCUAAAAGUGAACUGUAAAAACUUGGAAAGCAAAUUACACCUAACAGAGAUGACUUUAAUGUUUAAAUUAUUCCAAGUUUAAAUGCUGGUAGGUUUGAAAGGAAUGGUACAUGGGGGGGAUAACUAGAAACAAAACGCAACCAGGAACUAUGCUUCUAACUACAGCUCUAUAGGUGUAGUUGCAAGCAUACAAGUUUGUGGCUCAGUUUGCGAGUGUUCAUUGAAACGAUGAAUUUGGGAAAUGCCAAAUCAACAAACUAUGUUUGCAACAAUGCUACUUGCGACUUUAGUUGGCUAAAAAUGGUUUUCGAAACCACCCCUGUACAAUAAGUUGAUAGUAUUAUUUAUGCACAAAUGAAUUGUAUAUUAAGAUUAUUGACAGCUAAAGGUUAUUAGAUUGAAGAUGAUAAUAUGUUGAAGAUGGUAACAUCAAUGUUGAGGUUUUUUUUUUUCAGGCAGAUGCAGAAACCACAGUUCAACAUACAGCUUUGUAAUUUCCAAGAGACUGUGGUUUCUUUGUGAUGGCUGAGUAACAAUGUUCUUGUAUAAACUCUCCCCAAAGUGGCCUCACUUCUGAAUGGGCCACCUGGUUUUCUCCCUAUUGUGGGUCCAUGGUUGAUAUUCAGGGUGAUACUAACUAGAGUGGAAAACUGGAUUUGUACUGUAUAAGCGCUAAGUUUCCUCCACCUGAGUCUUGGGCUACUCUGAGAGUAGUGAACAUUCUUUCACAUCAGGAGGCCUUGGAACAAUAUUUUCCCAUUGAAGCAGUGUUGAAUGGUGUGUAAAGACACCUUUUGUCGGUUGAAUUUGGAUUAUGCAGUGGGUGGAUUAUGGAUUGAAAACAUUAUGGCAUUUUAUUUUGCUGUUAUGGGAUGGCAUGAUGUGUUUUUCUUUUUUCUUCACACUCUUUGGUCUUUCUUUUAAAGAAGCAAGGCCUUUUUUAAGGGAAAUAUUCAUCUCUGUUUUACACUAAAACUACUUUUGGUUUAUGGACUGUCCCUUCACUGAAGUCAUAGUCGAAACUGUCAUUUUUGCUGCCUGUUUUAAAUUGUAUAAAUCAUAUGUGUGCUAGAGAUUGUAAAAGUAUGAUUUCAUUCUCGUUUGCAAAUGCUGUAUUUUAUUCAUUAUUAGCUUAGUGAGAUUUUUUAAGAAAGUAAGAAGUUUUGGUGGUUAUUCGUUUUGUUUAACUUCUGGGCGGAUGCAAGCAAUAUGCCCUGGGGAUCUGAGCAGGAAGCGGGUGGUGCCGGAGGUUUAUGGAGGCCCCAUCCCAGCAAGCGCUGUUGCACCAGGUGCUGGUGAGGUCCGGAUCAGCUGCGCAAAAAAACUACGUUUAGCAAAAGGGGUGCCUAUAGACCCAAAAGUGAACAUCAACACUUGCACAAAGAAACCUCUCAUUAAUGCUGUACAAAUGUUGUGUAUUAACAUUUUUAUGUGUAAACCCCACAUCCUAAAGAAAUAAAACGAUCUUAAACCAAC